AUGACAGGUAAGGCAACAGUACAGCCAUCACAAGGCCAACCAGCACAAGAACAUGCAAACCGUAGGCGGAGAUCGCAAGAGAUUCGAUAUUUCAUUCAGUCUGUUUGUUCGGAAACCAUGCUUAUAUUGACAUUUCUAUGCUUUUGGAGUGUUGCUGUCUAUGCGACAACACCGUUUUCCACGUUUGUGCUAAAUCUCGGUGCCUGGGCAACAAUGCACACCGUUGAUGGGUUUAUUAUGACUGCAUUCAAUCAACAAAUCAUUACUCGCAUAAAGAAGACAGCAAAAAGAGCCUCUCUGCCAAUGGCGACAAUUGUUCUAUCAGCAACAACCAAAAGGAUCGAUCAUAAUCAGACCCUGAACGUUCAACAACGCUGGUUGCGUAUGUAUCGCGAGAAUAAUUUGAAAACGAACAGAAUUGAACCAUCGAGCAUAUAUGCAUAG